AUGUCUAACUUCUUUCGCACAAUCCUUCUACUUAGAUCUCCAUCCUCACUCUUUUCUCACGGAUUUUCCCAAAGUCCGUUCAAAUCUCUCAGAUACUUAUCCACCUCUUCUGAGAUUGUAUCAUCUCCCAAAUCUGCUUCGUUGUCUUCUAAUGCUGUUCAGCUCGAGAAUAAUGGGAAGGCUCUAAUUGCGUUACUUGAGAAUCAGGGAUUCUCUCAAUCACAAAUCUCUGACCUUGCCAUGAGGUUUCCUAGAAUUCUUUCUAUGAACCCCGAGAAAAUUCUAUUGCCCAAAUUGUUGUUUCUUCAAUCUAAAGGGCUUUCUUCCCCAGAGGUUGUCAAAAUAGUAUGUACAGUUCCUAAUUUUUUUACAGGAAGUUUAAACAAACGAAUUAUUCCAGCCUUUGAUUAUAUUCAAGCCGUGCUUGGAACUGAGGAGAAGACUCUCAAUGCCAUAAAGCGCUUUGCGGGUGUUCUCGUGAAGGAUCUUCGAAUUUCAGUUGGUCCCAAUAUUGAAAUUCUGAAACAAAUUGGAGUGCCCGAUUCAAAUAUUUUAAAAUAUCUUCAGUACCAGCCUAGAACUUUCUUGAUAAACCCCAUCCGAUUCAAGGAGAUAGUAGAGAGAGUUACGGAAAUGGGAUUCAACCGUCAACAAUUGCAGUUUCUUGUUGCUGUUUUUGCUCUGCGAGCAAUGACCAAAUCUACAUGGGAUAAGAAGGUUGAAGUUUAUAGGAAAUGGGGAUUGUCUGAAGAACAGAUCUGUUCUGCUUUUAGAAGGCAUCCAUGGUGUAUGAUGGGUUCUGAGGAUAAGAUUAAUGGUGCAAUGGAUUUUUUUGUCAACAAAAUGGGAUGCAAAUCAUCUUUCGCUGCUACAAGACCAAUCUUAGUUUCACUUAGUAUGAAGAAGAGGCUUUUGCCUAGAGGCCAUGUUUAUCAAGUUUUGGUGUCAAAGGGAUUGAUUAAAAACGCGAAUUUUACUUCGUUGUUUUGCUCUUCUGAAAAGCGUUUCAUAGAAAAAUACAUCAACCUUCAUAAGGAGCAGAUUCCUGGAUUGUUGGAGUUGUAUGAGCAGAAAUUAGUGGAGUCUAGAAGAUGA